ACAAGUUCCGAAGUUAUCACCAGAGAUGUAGCAAUCCUCGGCGGAGGACCUUCGGGCACCUAUGCUGCCGUCGGACUAAGAGACAAGGGCAAGAGUGUAGUAAUAGUCGAGAAAGAAGCUGUUCUUGGAGGGAAUGUCGCCUCAUAUCUCGUUCCUAGCACCGCGAUCUCCGUGGAAGUCGGCGUCUACUUUUUAAACAAUGCACCAACGCUGCGGAAAUUUUUCUCUCGUUUCAAUCUGGGCCUCAAUCCUGUC